AUGGCCUCCCAAGCGGCAAGCCAGAGGAAUAAGCCGCAUGCCUUCGCGGCCUGUUGGCACCCAGACUGGCUCACACCCGAUUCUCGCCAGGCACUGACCCAAGAGCCUGAGAUGGUUAAAAAGACCCAAAAAUCUCAGGUGCACAAGCCCCAGGACAUCGGCACGCUGCUCCAACGCACACCAAAGCACGAGAAUGAGGCCUGCGAUCCUCAGGAGAAGGGAGGGGUGAGUGAAGAUGCCCAGGGCUCCAAGCCACAAAUACCCCAGCCAGCCUAG